AUGGACUUAUCUACGUUCAGCGAUGAUCUGGAUGACGAUAUUGCAGCCCAGUAUGUUAUACAUCAGAGUCUUCAAGAGGCCUUCAGGAAGGAUUCUGUUGUGGAUGCCAUUGAAAACAGCAGCACCUAUUCCAUGAGUUCAGACCACAGCAAGAUUGUGUCUGCCAUUCAAGUUGGUGAUGAGAAGACUUUAACAAAACUAAGUGACCAGCACUCUGCCUUCCUGGAGACUGACGAUCGAGGAUGGACUCCACUUCAUGAGGCGGCAGCUCAGAAAAAUAAAACUAUUUUGGAAAUAACGUUUAAGUCUUCUAGUUAUAGUGCUUGGGAGCAGGAGACACUAAAAGGUGAAACCCCGCUGUUCCUGGCUGUGGACAACUGUAGACUAGACAACAUCACCUUCCUGCUAGCAAAUGGCUGUGAUCCUGAUGCUAAGAAUGAAGCAGAGGAUUCACCCCUUGUUAUAGCAAUACGUCAUGGGUCUUAUGACAUUGCGUCUUUGUUAUUGCGUCACAAUGCAAGUGUAGACUUACGAUGUGCUGAUAACAGAACAGCUCUCCACGAAGCAGCAAAACUGGGCCGCAAGGACAUUACGCGCUUUUUGCUUCAGUCUGGGGCUGACCCUGACUCUGCCAGUAACUUUGGGUUUACACCACUGGCCUUGGCUGCACAGCAAGCACACACAGAUGUCAUGGAGCUCCUCAUUAUUAAAGGAGCCAGUGUUCUGGCCCAAGCAUCCGAUUCCGCAUCAAUCCUCUUUGAAGCUGCUUCCGCCGGUAAUCCAGAUGCUGUGUCACUGCUCCUGGAAUACGGAGCCGAGGCCAAUAUACCGAAGCACUCUGGACACUUACCUAUACACAGGGCAGCCUACAGAGGACAUCUCUUAGCUCUACGUUUGCUGAUCCCAGUUACAGACAUUUCUACAAUAAAAAGAAGUGGCAUAAGCCCCGUUCAUUCAGCAGCGGCCGGUGGACACCCGGAGUGCCUGGACCUUCUCCUCAGAUCUGGAUUUGAUGUAAAUUUCAUGCUGGCCCAGAGGGUCCGCAAGGGCUAUGAUGAUGAGAGGAAGUCCGCCUUGUACUUUGCUGUCUCGAACAGUGAUAUUCCCUCAGCAACGCUCCUCCUCAAUGCUGGAGCUCUUCCAAACCAAGACCCUGUUAACUGCCUGCAGGUGGCAUUACGAAUGGGGAACUACGAGCUGGUUAACCUGCUGCUCCGCCAUGGAGCCAAUGUGAACUAUGUGUGUAAAGUCAACCCCCUCCACUUUCCAUCAGCCCUACUGUAUGCUUUCAAGGAUGAGGUAAUGCUAAGGAUGUUGAUGAACUAUGGAUAUGAUGUACUCAAAUGUUUUGAGUGCCCUCAUGGGAAUAAUGUGCACUAUAUCUGUGGAUAUGAAGGAUGGACUCCAACUGUCAUCAAGGACACCAUGUUCUGCGAGGUCAUAACCCUGACUUGGCUCCGGCACCUCUCUGGUAAUGUGGUCCGGGUCAUGUUAGACUAUCUUGACCAUGUGGAGUUUUGCUCUAAGUUGAAAGAAGCUCUUAUGAAGCAGAAACUCUGGCCAGAAAUCCACUACAUAGCAACCAAUCCACGCUCAUUGAAGCAUCUGUGCCGUUUGAGGAUUAGGAAAAGUAUGGGGCGGCUUCACCUGCGCUGUCCUGUUUUUAUGUCAUUCCUUCCUCUACCAAACCCCUUAAAGGACUACAUCCUGUACAAAGAAUAUGACCUAUAUGGACAAGGGAAAUUUGCACGACCCUGGUGA